CUUGGGCUAUUUUCAAUUUUUACUAAAAUCUAUCCUGUUUUUGGUGAAAUCCCUUCUCUAACUAGCGGUUUGGCCCAUAUUUCUCUUCUUGGGUAAGCAUUUUGGGCUCUAGGCCGGGCCCAAGAGGAGAACUUUAUUCCAAUAGUUGUUAUGGUAGGGCCGGCAUAUUAGGCCCAAUCGUCCAGGGACUAGCUUAGUACGAUUAGACAAUUCUGAUGACCAAAUUGUUAUUAACCCACAAUGGAAAAUCCCCAAUUACGUCCUUCUCAGGCGCUAAGCCGUAAAGCGAACUCUUCAGUCCACCUUCACCGACAACGAUUUUUGAUUCACUCUCACUCUUUGUCAUCACCGUCUGAACUUGCAGCCACAAUCCUGAUCUCUCCCCCUUCGAAUCCGCCGAUUCCCUCUCCGCCGGCUGCUCUCCGCGUCUCUUGUGGACAGCCAGCCAGCCAGCGAUGGAGAUAACUUAUAGCAGUCGCCUCUUACUCCUUCUCUUUCUUGGGCAUUCCUUCUUCUCAGCCCGCGCAUCCAUCCACAUCUACGACACUCAGCCCUUCAGCGAAGUCGGAAAUGCUUUCCUUCUCUCCGGAGGCAGCGAGGGCAUUGUGGCCUCCACCGCCGCCGCUGGUCUUCCGCCUUAUACUGUUGACUCUUCGUCCUACGCCAUCCCGCGCGCCAUCAAUGAUGGCCGUUCUUACAUCAGGUUUGAGAAUAUCAGCUUCUGGAGGACUAAAAGCGCAGCUGAUGAGGAUCCAGAUAUGGAUCAUGAUACGGGACUGGUUCACGUAGUCAUUUUUGAGGCUGCCGAUCGGGACAAUAUUGGCGGUUCUGCAUAUGGUGGACAGAGGUCCAUCUGUUGCACCCCUGACCUUGCUAAGCUGGAAGGCUGCAAGGAAGGUUGGGUGCUUAGGAGGCCUUCUGCAAGUGACGUCAAUUGGCCAAUAGUUCUGGAUAUAAACUUCAGAGGCGACGACUUGUUUACAAAGCUAAAAGAUGAGGAUGUGUACAUUACCAAGACAGGGAUGUAUAACUUGUUCUUCGUUGCGUGCGAUCCAAAGCUCAAGGGACUUGUGAUGAGUGGGAAGACGAUUUGGAAGAAUCCCGAUGGUUAUCUGCCUGGUAGGAUGGCGCCUCUAAAGAAGUUUUAUGUGCUUAUGUCUGUUGCAUAUUUGCUGCUUAGCUUGAUAUGGUUUACCCAGUACCUGAGGUUUUGGAAGGAUAUCUUGCAGCUUCAGCAUUGCAUCACGGCUGUUAUAGCUUUGGGACUAUUUGAGAUGGUUCUGUGGUAUGCUGAGUAUGUGAAUUUCAACAGCUUAGGCGUCAGGCCAGUUGCAAUCACUACUUGGGUUGUGACGAUUGGAGCUGUAAGGAAAACGGUUUCUCGUCUUCUCAUACUCUCUGUUUCAAUGGGUUUUGGUGUUGUCCGCCCUACUCUGGGCGGUCUUACCUCAAAGGUGCUUUCUCUUGGGCUAACUUACUUUUUGGCAUCCGAGUUACUGGAUAUAACCGAGUAUGUUGGAACCAUUAAUGACAUAUCUGGAAGAGCAAGAUUGCUUUUAGUGCUACCAGCAGCUUUCCUUGAUGCAUUUUUGAUACUGUGGAUAUUCACAUCUCUUCAGAAAACGUUAGAACAGUUACAGACGAAGAGAAGCUCUGUCAAGUUGGAUAUCUAUAGGAAAUUCUCAAAUGCAUUAGCCGUUACCGUUAUUGCUUCAGUUGUUUGGAUAGCUUAUGAGGUUUACUUCAAAGCCACCGAUCCAUUCAAUGAACGUUGGCAAAGCGCCUGGAUCAUCACUGCAUUCUGGGACCUUCUUACAUUAGUACUGCUCUGUGUCAUCUGCUAUUUGUGGGCUCCAUCUCUAAAUUCUCAAAGGUAUGCUUACUCAGAGGAGGUUGGAGAAGACUUCGACGAGGAGACUCAGUCUCUAACCAGGGGAAUGCCUGAUGGCGACAUAAGCUUAGUGGAAAGCAAAGAGAAGAAUGGUAUCCACCACGUGACUGCGUUCGAUGAAGAAGACGUGUUGGAAGAAGAUAAGAGAGAAUGAACGAUCAAUUUACCGCAAGACGAGCAUAUUCUUUUGCCUUCGAUUUCACCUCCUGUAAAGCUUCAAUUGCUUACCCAGGCAAUUAAAUCCUUUAGAGCCCAUCUUUCCACUUGAAACCGCGUCUCCGUCUCCGUAUACCAUCAUGUUUUGUUGUACUUCAAUUGUCUUAGUUGGGACUUGGAAGAGUUGCCAUUGUGUGUAAAUAACCUAAAUAUGCGCAUUCUGAGAUGGGGGGAUUCUGCUCUGAAAUUCAGUUGUAAAAGCUCCAGAGGUUCAUCCUUUUGCCCUGUUGGAUUGUCCCAUUUGUCAGCUGGCAGCAUUGUACUCUGUAUUCCUUCAUUGUUUCACACAUCAUCUUAGGAGAUUGUAAUUCCAUCUACUUCACAGAUCUGCAACAAAUAUGGUGUAUUUGUAUUCUGUAUACUCAAUUCAAUUGUUCGACUAGUGGUAUAACCGGUUCGUGCCAGUUUAAUAAAAUAUGUAGAAAUGUGAAAAACUCAUUAACGUCAAAUGAAUAUAAUCAUAUGUUAAAACAUAUUUGAAGACAAUGUAGUUGCAACUCAUAUUCGUAUUUUAGUAAAUACGACAUUCCAAAUAAAAUACAAAUAUUCGUAUACAACAUGUAACAACCAUACCUAAAUGUUUAUAGGUAAAUCGAACAAGUAACAUCAAACUUUAUUUUUCUUAGAAAUCAUAAAUCCAUCAUGUCAAUUGCCAAUCAUAAAUUCACUUUAUUUUUCUUUGAUCACAAAUUCACAAUUCAGUGAUUCACAACAUGCUAUAUCAUUUCCACCUUUGGAAAAAUAAAAGGGUUAAUAUUUUUGUAUGGCCUGAACUUUGACCAAAAUAAACAUCUUGGCCAAUCUUUUCGAUCUAUAACAUCCUGGCCCGAACUAUACACCAAAAUAAACAAUUUGGUCAAACCUGAUGUUUGACCGUUAACUUGGACGGUCAAACGCGUUGACCGUUAGUCAACACGCCAUGUCACUGCCAAGUCAGCAUAAAAUAUUUAAAAUAAU